AUGAAGGUACGCAAGUGUCCGACGGACGAACUGGCCGUCACCAAUACAGCUGUCGUGAACAAGGAGGAUUUCGACGCUAAUGGUGUGAAGCAUGUUCAAAUGCAAACUGGCCCAGGACACCGCUACGUUUUCACCAUUCGUAACCACCCGUCGAUGAAGAGUAAAGAAAUCGCCUUUGCAAUUGCUCAGCGAAAAUGGGCUGUUCUUAGUUUGGACCAAGAAGUACUAGUGGCACCUUUUUCAUUCAAGAGCAAUCAGUACAUCGGAUCCAUAACCCUGUCAGCGGACUUUCAACUGAAGAAGAAUGCUACUUCUGAGCCGUUGAAUUCCGAUUUCAUGGCGCGUGAAUUUUCUAUGCAAUUUGGUGGUAUGGCAUUUGCUAAGGGUCAAUUACUCGUCUUCCAAUUCAAUGACACCCGAAAAGGGCAAGACCUUCACGUUAUCCCUCGUCGUGAAAAACAUUGA